AUGCCUUCCUACCAAAACAUCACCUUCGGAGUCGAGCUGGAACUCAUGACCCCCUUACCCGACUCCUACCGCAUGUGGCGCUUAAUCUCCCCCUCAGCAGCAUCCCGUUUCAAUAUGGCAGACCUCCUCGCAAAGCGAACCUCCCUCCCCAUCGCAGCGCAAUGCUGUCAUCCUCCAGAUGACAGAUGCACUAUUUGCGCUACGGUCCCCAAGGACAACCAAUUCAGCGGUGACUGCGCACUGCAAUUCCCAGAGAUACUGUCUUGUGGAGAAAUCGUCUCGGAGCGUUGUUUUAUAUUCAAGACUGAGUUUCUUGAACUCGCUCAUCCGUUGAGUAAAGAGCGAAUGUGGGAUGGUGUGGAGAUAACGACUCCUGUUUUUCACUCUGGUGAGUUGGACUCUGGACUUGCUACUAUGAACACUGCUCUAACGAACCUUAGACAGCUGGAUCUUCAAAUCUCUGCUGAUGAUUCAUGCGGGAUGCAUGUCCACGUUGGUGUUGAAACAGGUAUGACCAUUCUUCUCGCCCAAAAGAUCGCCACCAUCGUUAUCCUUCUCGAGAACACUCUCCUUCUCCGUCUCGUCGCGCCUCCACGCUGGAAAAGUGGUUUCUCAAUGCCAAUCUGCGAAAACUCAUCUUUAGCAAUGGACAUGGACCUUCACAAGUCCCUCGAAGACCCUACCACACUCAAUCAGCAUGUUCCUUGUAUGGAUGCUAUGAAACCAGGCAAGUGGAACAACUGGUAUCCCCAGCACAUUUACAAGAUGCUCUACGGCGUAUGGGGCAGCACUAUCCUCGCUGAUCUCAGUCUGCGCCUCAGAAAAGCACGUGUUCAUCGGUGCGGCUUCGCAAUGUCUUUGCGAGAUCACAAUAUGACGUUCGAUCACGAGCUUUUGAGGAACUGGACCAAGAUUCUGGCGAGGAUUGUUGUCAUUGCACAGGCCGAUGCGGAGGAGUUUAAGAGCUGCGUUGGGAAGAUUAUCAGCAUCAAUGGGAGGGAUGAUAAGGAUGUUUGGAAGGGUUUGAUGAUGGAUGUUCUUGGGCUGGGACAUCGUGUUCCGCAGUGGGAGGAGCAGUUGAAGCGUUUUGAGAAGGUGCUAACCUGCAGCGUGAGCCGGGUUUGUCAUUUGCUGCUGGCUGUUGAUUUGGGAGUUCAGGUGGUGGUUUACGGAAUUUAA